UAUGUAUGCCAGCGUGUAACGACAAACAUGGCGUCUGCUAAUGUAAGUAACAACGUACACACUUCUCCAGAAAUUGAAAAUUCUGCCAUGGAGAUGGACCGACAGUCAAGAGAAGCAGAAGAAGAGAAGCCGGUCAUUUCCACAGCUUCUCCGUUCAAUCCUGCAAAUCAUAUAGAUGGAGGACAUGAUCAACAAGUCUUUCAGAUGUUUAUGGAUCCAAUGAUGAAGGAACUUGAGGAACAUGUAGCCAUUAACUCACAGCUUCUGGAUAAAUUAAAUGAGCAAAUGGAAAACGAAAGGAAAGCACGGAUUAAAGCCAGGGCCACAGCACACAUACCUGAGGCUCUUAAAGGAGAGGGACAGGGGAUGAAGACUGUGAUGAGAACCAUUGAGAACUUAAUGGUGUUUGGAGAGAAAGAUGUAGAGUUUGUUGAAGAGGAAGAGGCAACUGUGGAAGAAGAGAACAAUACUGAUACAGGGGCUGAUCAGGAUGAUGCUAAUGAUGACGGUCAGAAGCCUGAGGAUGAGGAAGAUGAUGACGUAGAGGAAAGCUUUGAGGAAGAAAAAAGAAGACACCGGACUCUGUUACCAGCUUUAGAUGAACAUGGGAGAGCAGCCAUUUUGGCUCACAGUUUGGCAAGCUAUGCUUCUAUGCUUAAUGAGGAAAAUCUCAAAAAGUUCACAGAAAAGAUCACAUCUGACUGUAAUCUCUGGCUAUCAAGGUUGUUCAGGUUUAUGGAUGCAUCCGCUGUGUUCUGUGAGGAUGAACGUGAUGGGCUGGUUAAGAUUUGUCGGCUUGCGUUGUAUCAAAAGUACCCCAAAUAUGCUGCAGAGGGAUUUGAAGCUCUCUACUCACGGCCUCCAGUCAUCUAUGUUAGUGCUGCUGCCAGUCCAAAUCUCAGUACCUACCUCUGUCUGCAGCUGGGCCUUCCCAUGUCAAGUAUAAGCACUGUUCCAUGUGAAUCUGGAGCUAAUCCAAGUAGUAAAAUGGACAUAUCCAUGUUGGAGAAGCUGAUUCAGGAUGACAUAGCAGCAGCUAAAACUCCAGCCUUGCUUGUUGCAUAUGCAGGAACACCACUCACAGGCCAGGUGGAUGAUGUUGAUCAUCUACAGGACAUUUGUAGGAAGAAUUCCAUCUGGCUCCAUGUUGAAGGAAACAACCUUGCUACCCUGACACUGGUGUCUGUGCCCACGUCGAUACUGUCGUGUAAGGCGGGUGAUAGUAUGACUGUCUCCCUGGGCAAGUGGUUGGGGAUUCCCGGGCUUCCUCACGCAACCCUGUACAAAUCAUCAGACCCAGCUCUGGUGCAUGCCGCUGGACUCAACACCUUUAACCCACAGAUCAAGCUUAAUUGCCUGCCCAUCUGGAUCUGUCUGCAGAGUCUGGGUCAUGAUGGUAUUGUGGAGCGUGUCAAACAGUCAUGUGACUUGGCUGAACAAUUACACACGAAACUAGAGAGGCUGAAGGCUAUAAGACAGGUGACAAAGGAGAAGAAAGAAGACGAUACUCCUGCCAAUACCAUACGUGGAAUGAUCACACGAGCUAUCAAUGCGCUGCUUGUGUUUGAAAUUGUAUCACCAACAGUGGUAUUCAGAUAUAUUGAAGAAAAAGAGGAAGGCUUACAGAUCGCUCCCUACUCUUCUACCUCGCUGACAACAGAGGACAACACACCGGAGGAAUCCAACUCCUCAAUUUACUUUGAUGCUCUCAAUGUGUGGCUUGGGGAGACACUACAGGCGGAGAAUCCUGGUAUUGAACUACAUGUAGCCGAGGUUGAAAAUGAGGGCGUGUGUAUCCGGUUCUCUCCUCUGGACAGUGCACAGGCCAGGGGAACAGUUACUGAAGACGUGGAGGCACUACUACAAUGUCUGAACACACAAAUUGCCAUUCUGGAUGCCACUGUUUUAAACCGUGACAAGCUGAAGGCCAUGACAUCAAGAGAAUCGAGACUGAGAUUACUGGAUAUGCCAAGCUGGGCAGGGCUAGGGGUCGUACAAUAUAUACCAGAAUCGUGGCAGAACAAAGGAGAUGACUUACCAGAGGAGGCUGUCAAGGAAAUCCACAUUAUCAAUUCAGAACUUGUUCAGAAGCUUAAAUCUCAAGAUACUGCCUUCUCAAUGGGUUUCACAGACAAUGAUGUUGCGUGUGUGAAGUUUGGACUGAUAACAGAAGAUACUUCCAUAGAGUCCCUGUUAGAACUGGUCUGUGUCACUGGCAAGGAAGUGGAGGAUUCGUCUAAGUACUUGGAAACUCUGGCAGAAGUUGUGAAACAUGGAAUUGAGGCUGCAAACAAGGAUCUUGAAAAGGAAAAUCUGGAAAAACUUCAAAAUGAGGGUGUUUUUAGACAAGUGCCGCUGGUUGGAUCCCUGCUCAAUUGGUGGUCUCCUCCACCUAAAGACAGUAGUAAGGGACGGUCUUUCAACUUAGCCUCAGGCCAGAUAUCUAGCACGGAGACCCUAUAUAAAUACCAUAUGCAAAUCCAGGAGGACAAUUCAUCCAAAACUCCCAAAAUAUCGCCUCAACAACAACCUACCACACCUCCGGUCAGUCCAACACAGAGGUCAGCAGGCGAGGUGAAAGCCAGUCUAACCAAUGAGGUGUGCAGUGCUGGAAUGAGUCCCCCUGCGUCUCCUGGGACAGACUUUCCAGACUCGAAAAUUGAAAAUACUGUGGAGGAGGCCGAGGAAGCAAGCUAAUCUCACCAUAGGCUGUGUGUCAGUCAUAAACAGCAAUUCCUAACAUCAACUUCAAUCUGGGCCGGAGCAUCAGGAAGAAUUGGCUGCAACUGCAAGGAUCUGAGAAUUAUUUUACAGAAAACUUCAUCUGUUCAACAGUUAUGAUGUACAGACACUUCAGAGACUCAGAACAGUGCUGUUUUGUUGUAGUUUUCAUUCACAAUUAUUUUGUAGGGAAGUUCAAGUAUCCUGGUCUUUUACACUUUGUUGUACAUGCUUGCUUAUAUUUCUUAGAGGAAUAAAACUUUUUUUGGGGAAAUUGAUGUAAAUGAACUUCUUGCAUUUCGGUCUGUAUCAUGGUUCAAAAUAUUUGCUUGGAAGAACACAAACGUGUUUAUCAAAUGACAAUUGUAUGCUAGUAACAUCCUAUAUAUGUUGUUCUGCCAACAAGAGGGUAACAAAUUUAAAGUGUUUCAUUUAUAUUUUAAACUUUUUGGUUCCAUCCAAAUUAUUGACAAGCACCUUAUGUUGCUACCUGUUCCGUAGUCAAACGCAUCAUAUUGUCUUGACUGGCUUCUAUGUAUCUAAAGCAGUGUUCAUUGUGCUUUUUAAUCCAGAAGAGUCUGAUACUUAUGCAAGGGUUUUGUUUACCAUUUGUCUUUUCUGUGAUAUAUUAUAUUUUUUUGUUUCUUAGAAGUAAUAUAUUAAAUGGUUUGUAAAGAAAUGAUGAAUGUAUCUAAAGAAAAGUUAAAAACCUGUCAACUCUGUAGAAGAAAUCAAGUAUCAGACAUUGGUCUUCUUUCUCCCUUUCUGCUGAGAUAGUGAAUUGUACAUUUCAUCAUCUGUUACAUUCCCAUCUUUACAUAAUUAUUGUCAUAAUAUAUGAUACUAGGUCAAAAGCAAUAUCCGUUAGUUUUUUCUUAAUGAAAGGCUGUGAUUUUGAAAGAGAGUAUGAUAUUGUGUGUGAUUAUUAAUUGUUCAUUACCAGAGGUAUAUGGUUACAUGUAGAAUUACAAACCAUUGCUGCCUGUCGAGUAACCUGUCAGAGUCGCCAGUCAUUUUGUAUUAACCUUUACUUUUGCUAUAGAUGUGGUGAAAACAAUCUUCCUUAUAUCUGCUGUAUAUUUAUGACCCAGCUUCUUACCUUCCUGUUGUUUGUGUUAUUUAUGAGCUUCAUGCUCCAUGUUAAUGUUUUUUACAAAUUAUUUAUGGUUUGUUUUUUCUAGUUUAUUUAGGAAAAAUAUAUAUUUCUUAGUUUUAUUUCUAUUAUGUUGAAAGGUAUGUCCAACCUACAAGUACUUCACAUACUUUGCUACGUAAACUUUUGUUCAAAGAUCAAUACCGUUAUUGAUGUCAAAAGUUUAAGAGCAAGUCACUAGCACUAGCACUGAUACUCUUUAACUUAUCACAGUAGCAAGUAUUUCCUGAUGACAGGUUCCUUGAUUUGUAGAGUGUCCUCCUAGACUUCUGGCUUUGAAUCCUUUCUGUUUUUGCAGAAACAUUAACUGCAAAAAUUGAUAUGUGAUCUAAUUGAAUUGCAUGUAUGAAUCUUUCUUUCAAAAUGUUUAAUCAAAUCCUUAAAAUAUAGUUGUACAGCGUGUUGUUCUUGUUUUGUACAAGCUGAUUGAUCAGGUUUGACUGGGUCCUGUUGGUAACGUAGGAUUGUGAUUCUAUGUUGGUAGUGCAUCAAUUCUUAAACUCAAUAAGUAUGAAUCAGUAAAUAUUUCGGGGACUUGCAGUAUUUUAUUUUCAUCAGAUGAUUCUGUGAAGACAAUGAUGUCCAUGGCUGUUACCUAUUUCCCCAGCAGGCAGUAGUAUACAUGGAAUUUAUGAUUUUUAUUUCUAUUGUAAAGAAUAUAAAUACUCAACACAAUGACAAUUACAUAUACAUAAUGUAUAUAGUAAUCUAUUCCAAUAAUCUUUUCUAUGUAAUUACAAAACUGUACUAUCAUUUAGUUAUUUAUUUAUUAUUUUGUUUUUGUUUUUGUACAUUGUUGCAAUAUUUAUGACAAUAAAAAAGGGUUAAGAAAUUUAUGUGAAAAUUGUUUCAAACCAUUAUUAUGCAAGUAAUUAUCAGGAGAAUAUUAAAGAGUGAUCAUAUAAUAGGAAUAGAUGUCCCCCUGGGAACUGGUCACUAGGCUGAUAAUAGGAAUAGAUGUCCCCCUGGGAACUGGUCACUAGGCUGAUAAUAGAGAUGGUUGUCCCCCUGGGAACUGGUCACUAGGCUGAUAAUAGAGAUGGGUGUCCCCCUGGGAACUGGUCACUAGGAUGAUAAUAGAGAUGGGUGUCCCCCUGGGAACUGGUCACUAGGCUGAUAAUAGAAAUGGGUGUCCCCCUGGGAACUGGUCACUAGGCUGAUAAUAGAAAUGGGUGUCCCCCUGGGAACUGGUCACUAGGAUGAUAAUAGGAAUAGAUGUCCCCCUGGGAACUGGUCACUAGGCUGAUAAUAGGAAUAGAUGUCCCCCUGGGAACUGGUCACUAGGCUGAUAAUAGAGAUGGGUGUCCCCCUGGGAACUGGUCACUAGGCUGAUAAUAGAAAUGGGUGUCCCCCUGGGAACUGGUCACUAGGCUGAUAAUAGAAAUGGGUGUCCCCCUGGGAACUGGUCACUAGGAUGAUAAUAGGAAUAGAUGUCCCCCUGGGAACUGGUCACUAGGCUGAUAAUAGGAAUAGAUGUCCCCCUGGGAACUGGUCACUAGGCUGAUAAUAGAAAUGGGUGUCCCCCUGGGAACUGGUCACUAGGCUGAUAAUAGAAAUGGGUGUCCCCCUGGGAACUGGUCACUAGGAUGAUAAUAGGAAUAGAUGUCCCCCUGGGAACUGGUCACUAGGCUGAUAAUAGGAAUAGAUGUCCCCCUGGGAACUGGUCACUAGGCUGAUAAUAGGAAUAGAUGUCCCCCUGGGAACUGGUCACUAGGCUGAUAAUAGAAAUGGGUGUCCCCCUGGGAACUGGUCACUAGGCUGAUAAUAGAAAUGGGUGUCCCCCUGGGAACUGGUCACUAGGCUGAUAAUAGGAAUAGAUGUCCCCCUGGGAACUGGUCACUAGGCUGAUAAUAGAAAUGGGUGUCCCCCUGGGAACUGGUCACUAGGAUGAUAAUAGGAAUAGAUGUCCCCCUGGGAACUGGUCACUAGGAUGAUAAUAGGAAUAGAUGUCCCCCUGGGAACUGGUCACUAGGAUGAUAAUAGAGAUGGAUGUCCCCCUGGGAACUGGUCACUAGGCUGAUAAUAGAGAUGGUUGUCCCCCUGGGAACUGGUCACUAGGAUGAUAAUAGGAAUUAUUGGGUGGCCCAUUGAGACACUACUUUAUACUUAGUGUAGGUUUAUCACGUGUACCAUUUUAACCUGUGUAAUCUGUACAAUCAAGUGGGUAGUUGCUUUACUUAGUUUUGUUUUGCCUCAUACACACGUGUUGGUUUAAUUGAGGAAAUAUUGUGGGUCAGUUAUGCUUGAAGUGAUAAUAAUAGUUGUUGAUUAAUUGUGGAGUUGUAAACUCUUCACAUAGGGACAAUAUAAAAUGUACUAUGUUUAGAUGAUUUGAUUCUUUCAAGCUGUUUAUCCAAUUAAAUUAAUUUGUUUUGAUAAUGUUUAAAUUAUUUCAUUAUAAUAAGAUGUUUAUCCAUUAAGAACUUGUUUUGAUAGAGUACAUUUAUUAUAAUAAUGUGUGCGAGUACAAAAAGAGAGUGAGUUGGUUGGUGUGCAAGUACAAAAAGAGAGUGAGUUGUUUGGUGUGCGAGUAUGGGUAAGAGAGUACAUGUUUUUAUAAGAAAAUUAACCAUAAUAAUAAUAUCAUUGUUAUACAUAGAGUCAUUGACUCUGCUCACAAGUGGUUUACUGUUGUGAAUGUAAAUACACUAAACUUGUUAUACUGCCACCAUUUUAAUUUGUCCAAAAUUAAGCCUUAUAAAGAGGUUUGGCAAUAAUUGAGGGAGAAGUAUAAAGGAAAGGUUAAAAUGAAUAGAGGGACCUUGACUUUGACAUAUGUUUGCAGUAGGCUGAGGAGGCAAAUUAAACAAGCGGCAGUAUGUCAUCGUUUUACUGUAGAAGGGUUGAAAUGCACAUUUUAACAUUUAUGAAGGUAUGUGACUCUGUCCCUUUCAAACACAUCUCCAAGAUGCACUGCUGCACAUGAUGGGAACUAAGUAGGAAGAUAAAUAUGAUAAACAGACGUAAUUGGUUAAAGAACCUUUUUGUCUUCAAAAUUUGGAAAUAAGAGCAAUAACAUAGAUUGGUCUGCAAAUUUGGCAAUGAUGACAGGUGUGUUAGCUGGAUGGAUGGCAAGAGAUACACGUGGAAUUAGCAUAAUAAAGGAAUGAAAGUCAGAGCCAAGUUAAAUUCUUACUUUGAUGGUACAACUGUGGUCUAGUUGUAUAUGUCUGUGAUGGUACAACUGUGGUCUAGUUGUACAUGUCUGUGAUGGGACAACUGUGGUCUAGUUGUACAUGUCUGUGAUGGUACACCUGUGGUCUAGUUGUACAUGUCUGUGAUAGUACAACUGUGGUCUAGUUGUACAUGUCUGUGAUGGGACAACUGUGGUCUAGUUGUACAUGUCUGUGAUGGGACAACUGUGGUCUAGUUGUACAUGUCUGUGAUGGUACACCUGUGGUCUAGUUGUACAUGUCUGUGAUAGUACAACUGUGGUCUAGUUGUACAUGUCUGUGAUUGUACAACUGUGGUCUAGUUGUACAUGUCUGUGAGGGUACAACUGUGGUCUAGUUGUACAUGUCUGUGAUAGUACAACUGAGGUCUAGAUGUACAUGUCUGUGAUGGUACAAUUGUGGUCUAGUUGUACAUGUCUCUGAUGGUACAACUGUGCUCUAGUUGUACAUGUCUGUGAUGGUACAACUGUGGACUAGUUGAACAUGUCUGUGAUGGUACAACUGAGGUCUAGUUGUAUAUGUCUGUGAUGGUACAAUUGUGGUCUAGUUGUACAUGUCUGUGAUGGUACAACUAUGGUCUAGUUGUACAUGUCUGUGAUGGUACAACUAUGGUCUAGUUGUACAU